AUGACCAAGGACAGCUUCAACGUGGUCAUCGUUGGCGCAGGCAUUGCCGGUCUCGCCACUGCACAUGCUAUCGAGAGAGCGAAAAGUCAAGGGAGGGGCCAGAAUGUACGUGUGACGGUGUAUGAGAGACAGGCCGACGAAAGCAACUUCUCAAGGUAUCCUAUCUGGCUGGCACCGGACGGACGUGCAGCGCUCCGAAACAUUCUCAGUCCUUCUGAAUUUGACCAGCUUCUCACCGUAUCGGAUCACGGCUUGACCCACGGUGGCAUCUCAAUCCUCCUUCCAUCAUUGCAGAAUCUGUUUUCGGUCAGACGAUACGAAGGUCAAACACCAUUUGCUAUACACCGAUGGCUGCUCAAGGAUGCUUUGGAGCAAGGCGUCAACGUACAGCGUGGUGCCGAUGGGAUGGGGUCGAUCCUUCGGGCACAGCUGUAUCCGGAAAUGGGACGGUUCCCGACGCUACCAUAUCUUACCGUCCAAUUCAAGCUCCUGCCCCGGACUCAUCUGAAUCUACACGACCCACACGGCAUCAACACCAUCACUGGGACGAGGUCUUAUGCUCUUCUUAUGAUCCCUCUGUCCGGUCAUCCUGUACCCCAGCUUCCCGCUUCCGCUAGGGAAAACAACCCAUUUGCCUCAAACGAGGAUAUCGAGCCAACGCUCAAGGCAUUGGAUCAACCUAAUCCAGAUUACAUCUUCUGCGCAUGCAGUCUCAAGAUGUUUCACGGAUGGGAAGAUAUGACGCCUGUCUCGUGGAUAGACAAGAUGGCCACGUUACUGGAAUCGGAUCGAGGAGAUGCGAAUCUCAUCAAGACGAUAAGGGAAGACGUGGUCCCUCAGACCGUUGGUGCUUGGCAAGUCGUCUGUUGCGAUGAUAAAGAUCCAUUGGAAUGGAAAGGCGGGAGGACAGUCUUGAUUGGUGAUGCAGCUCAUACUAUGCCUCCUCAGGGCGGAGCUGGAGGCGCAACCUCGUUGUGUGAUGCACAGGCAUUAGCAGAAGUCAUUGUUUCCAGUGACGAGGCGGGCGGUCAGGGCGGACCGAUCGACGCUCUGUUGCCUUCGUUUCACCGACAGAUGCUCACCCGAGCAUAUGGAUACAUGAAGGAUGCCAAAAGGCGACUACACCUAUCUAUGAAAGAGGGUUACGCCGUGUACUGGCAGAGAGCUCUGUUGACUAUCAUGAGCUGGAUCUGGCCAUUGGCACAUUGGGUUCUCAGCAGAGGUCAAGUCAGUGCACGAGCCGCUGCCAACCGUCAGUGA